UUCUCGCGAGAAGUGAGAGUUGCUGUUGAGCCAAGGCUACAGUUUUAUGUUUGUGCUCAGCUAAUUCAUUCAGCACACACUUUUUUUGUGGGUUGUUAAAAAAAAUGUUAGACAUAUGCGACGACAAUGAUUCAUUUCGCGAACAGAUGCUGACUCGAUAGAUUUUUUACAAGAUAGGGAGGAAACGUGACUUCCGCAUCCGUUAAGUUUCAGUCCGCGGAGAGAGACAUCCAGACUCGAGCAUGUCGCUGCUGUCCACGGUGGAGCACGCCAUAAAGUCAUAUAAAGUCGAGCAAGCAAAGAUUAAUGACAGUAUUAAACUCUACAAAGAAAUUUUACAGAGCCUAACACCACAACCCAAAGCAGGGUCAAAGGAUUCUGAAUCAGAAGACGAUGCUGCUAUAGACACAGACACCUCGCCAAAGGAGAAGGAAGAUAUAGAAUUACUCGAGCGAGCGCUAGAGAAAGCCCUUCGCGUCCGCACUGGCUCGGAGCCCUCUAAUAAAGACCGCGGCAGAAACAAACUAUCUGGAGCUCAGAAGGAGCCGGGCGCCCCUUCUGUCGCAUCUGCGGACGUGAGGCAUUCGUCUGUAGCGCCUAAAAGAAAUCAAGCGGCCAUCAAAUCAACCUCUGAAUCUGCCAGCCUUGACAGAAAAGGACACAGAGAGGCCGUAAUCACCGCACCGGGCUCUAGACCUUUAACCGGCCACCGCCCCGGACGGCCGAAAAACACAAACACUAGAAACAUUAUCCCAAAGCGUCCACCGUCAUCAGACGGCGCUGUGCAUCACCGGGCUUCUAGGAAAUCGCAGCGGCCCGUCUCCUCGUCUGGCUCCCCUGAUCACAUCUCGACCUCGCUCUCUAAAAAUAAGACCAUUAGAAGCAGCGCACUGGGUGGCGAUGACCCGGGCAGAGCUGCAUCUGUCCCCACACCUUCUCCGAAUGACAAUCCGACUCUCUCGCGCGCAGAUGGGUCUGGAGCGAGCAGUUUGCUCCAGCAGGGCGGGAUUCCUCCUGAACUAGUGGUUAAAUGGAAAUCUUUGAGGAGCAAACAAAACAGGUUAUGGGACAAAGUCAUUGCCGUGCAAAGGAAACCUGAGCCUGGGAGGGGUCACUUCAUGGAGAGAAUGAGAGCAACGUCUCUACCCAUUGUGUCGCCCUUGACCCCGACGCUCUCGUCCCUUCAGUUUCCCGAGGACCGGCCGUGUGGAGGCCCGGAUCGGGCCGCGGCUCCGGCGGACAGGCUGACUCACCGAGGUCGUGACCUCAUUCAGAUCUGCCCGGCGAAGGAGCUUCUGGCCCAGCAGACACCAGAGACGACUGCAGCGCCGGACUGGAAAGCAUGGGAUCGAUGGAGGCCGGCUGGAGGCCGUCUUCCCCCCUCUGGGGCAAAUGGAGUGUGGGGAGAUGUGAUAACUGCACCCCUGCCCCUGACUGUAACCUACACAACAGAGGCAGAGCUCCAGGAGCUAGAGAGGCUGCGGAUGAGGGUUGCACUGCUGCAACAAGAGAUUUAUCUCGAACAGGCUCUGUGGGACACUCUGUCACCGCAGCUUUCAUCUAUACAACCUGGGCCUGGAUGCCCGAAGCCCAGUGCGCUGAGAGACUUGUACUCGCUGCUGGGUGAAGGAGGCGAGCGUUUCCCUGCCAUAGUCCUGGACUCCGAGCCCGACUGACUACUGAGCAACUCAGCUACACUGAGUUACCACUUUAUAAGUUGAGCAACAGGUUUGCAUACAUGAGAAACUUUAUCAGUACCCUGCAACACCAAAGGGAAUCCUACCCCUCUGGUACAGUCUACAAAGCACAACCUGCCAUGUUCUACUGUCCUUCCUGUUGUCAUAUUGUGUCCUUUGGUAAAAAAAAUAAAUA